CUCACUCUCUCUCUAAAACCACCAAACCCCUCUUCUUCAUCAAACAACCUCCGUUUCACACCAUCACACAUCAAGCCUAGCUUUUGUGUACAAAAUUACGUUAUAUAUAUCGUAUGUAUACAAGUACAUGGUGUACUGCUUCAGUAUAAAUCAUUAUACAGUGUAUAUAAUUUAGUCAGUUCGAGAGAGAGAGAGAGUGUGUGUACAUGGAUAGGUAUAGCGAGACGCAGGCAAUGGAGCCGAGGUCGGUGGAUCCUGCGGCGGAAUGGACGAGGCCGGGGGGCGAAAUCGGGCUGGAAGAGCCUAUGUGGAGAUUAGGCCUCGGUGACGGUUCCGAAUCUUACCCUGAGAGGCCCGAUGAGCCCGAUUGUAUCUAUUACUUAAGAACUGGAAUCUGUGGCUAUGGCAAUCGCUGCCGGUUCAAUCAUCCGCGUGACCGUAGUGCGGUAAUGGGUGAUUUAAGGGCUACUGGAGGUGAGUACCCGGAACGCCAUGGUGAACCUGUCUGUCAGUACUACAUGCGGACGGGAAUGUGUAAAUUUGGUGCAUCUUGCAAAUAUCACCACCCAAAGCAUGGAGCUGGAUCUUCAUCUCCACUCACACUCAAUUUUUAUGGUUAUCCAUUGCGACAGGGAGAAAAGGAAUGCUUAUAUUAUAUUAAAACCGGGCAAUGCAAGUUUGGUGUAACAUGUAAAUUUCAUCAUCCACAGCCAGCUGGGAUACAGAUGCCCACCCCUAGUGCUGGCCCCAGGCCUUUGGCUGGUCCAGCAAUUAUGCCUACACCUACACUGUAUCCAACUGUGCAGUCUCCUUCAGUUCAAUCUUCUCAACAAUAUGGGGUUCUUCAUGGAAACUGGCCUGUUCCUAGGCCAACCAUGCUUCCAGGAUCAUAUGUUCCUGGAAGUUAUGCUCCUGUGCUCCUCACGCCUGGCGGUGUUCCAGUUCCUGGCUGGAAUCCAUAUUCGGCACAAGUUAGCCCUGGCGCCCUGCAAAGUACUCAACCUACCAUCGGUGCAGGCCCAGUUUAUGGGAUACCACAGUUACCUCCUUCAACAACUACAUACAUGGGGGCACAUCUUUCCGGUACUUCUUUGGCUGGUCCCUCCAGCAGCAGCCAGAAGGAACAUACUUUUCCUGACAGGCCCGGUCAACCAGAAUGCCAGUAUUAUUUGAGGACUGGGGAUUGUAAAUUUGGCUUGACGUGUAAAUAUCAUCAUCCACCAGAGUGGAGUACACAAAAAUCAUUUGUUCUACUCAGUCCCAUGGGCCUUCCAAUGCGCCCUGGCGCACCCCUUUGCUCCCACUAUGCUCAAAAUGGAGUAUGCAAAUUUGGGCCCUCGUGCAAAUUUGAUCACCCAAUGAGAGCUUUGAGUUACAGUACAUCUGCAUCUUCUCUGACUGAUAUGCCAGUAGCGCCUUACCCUGUUGGAUCUACUAACGCGACUUUGGCCCCAUCAUCAUCAUCUUCCUUGGACUUGAGGCCUGAACUUCUCUCGGGUUUCAGCACAGAUGCCUCAUCAAAUUUGUCAUCUGCGAACAGCUCAAGCGCUUCAAUUGGCUCAACAUUCUCUAGAAGCGGGGCGAUUCCUGAAUUUGGCAUUCAUCAUUCUGAGCAGGGCAUUACCUCUUCAAUUGGUGGUAGUAGCUCUAACCAAGAAGGCGAAGCUAAAAUCUCAAGUUGAAUGAAACUGAAUAUGUUUUAUCCCGAUAAUACUGUUCAAGUAUCUUCCAUAAAACAGAUGGUUCGGUUUUGGAAAACCACCGAACUGGUCUUCCCUCUAGGUAAUUCUUGUCAUGGCUCAAAUUUGGAGCAUGAUGUGUCUAUUCGUGCUGCUUUCUCGAGAACUUGUUUCCCAGAGAAUACGUGAUACCCCCGUUCUCCACCGGAUUCUGUUGUACUCACACCUCUUUGUCAUUCCAUUAUUAGGAGGAACCAUACCAAUUUGGGAUGAAUAAUAACGUGAGGGUGAUCUUGAUAUCCCCCCUUUUUUUGUGGGGAUUUUUGGUGGAAGAAUUUGAUAUUUAUCAGAUUAAUUACAGGGAAAAUUUGUAUACUUGCCUUUAUUAUGUAAGACCUGUAGUUAUGAUAAACUCCGGAUGCUUUAAUAAAUUAUGAUUCACAACUAAUAAAUAUUGAAGAAGUUGUUUAUUUUA